CAUCAGUUGGAUUGAAAAAAUACGCUUAUAAACAUUAUUGCGCGGAGCUACUGUAAAAGUGUACAUACUUAUUGCAUUAUUUUUGCAAGUGACUAAUAAAGUAAUUUGAAUACAUUUUGCUUGAAAGUUAAUCAAAUAAUAUAGAAAAGAUGCCAGAUGAAGUGGAAACUUUUGCUUUUCAAGCUGAAAUUGCUCAGCUUAUGUCGUUGAUCAUCAACACAUUUUAUUCGAACAAAGAAAUUUUCCUUCGUGAGUUGAUCUCCAACGCAUCCGAUGCACUGGACAAAAUCCGUUACGAGUCGCUGACUGACCCCACAAGGUUGGACAGUGGUAAAGAGCUGUACAUCAAGCUGAUCCCCAACAAGACUGCUGGUACCUUGACUAUUAUUGAUACCGGUAUUGGUAUGACCAAAUCAGAUUUGAUCAACAAUCUGGGUACUAUUGCCAAAUCUGGCACAAAAGCAUUCAUGGAAGCGUUGCAGGCUGGCGCUGACAUUUCGAUGAUUGGUCAAUUUGGUGUUGGUUUCUACUCUGCCUACUUGGUUGCUGAUAAAGUCACUGUUACUUCAAAGCACAACGAUGAUGAGCAAUACAUUUGGGAAUCAUCGGCCGGUGGCUCAUUCACGGUGAAACUAGACAACACCGAACCUUUGGGACGUGGUACCAAGAUCGUUUUAUACAUCAAAGAAGAUCAAACUGAAUACUUGGAGGAAAGCAAAAUCAAAGAGGUAGUGAACAAACACUCUCAAUUUAUUGGGUAUCCCAUUAAGAUGGUGGUUGAAAAGGAGCGUGAGAAGGAGGUAAGCGACGAUGAAGCUGAAGAUGACAAGAAGGAAGAAGAAAAGAAAGAUAUGGACACCAAUGAACCUAAAAUUGAAGAUGUCGGUGAGGAUGAAGAUGCUGAUAAAGACAAGGACAAGAAAAAGAAGAAGACUGUUAAGGUGAAAUACACCGAAGAUGAGGAAUUGAACAAAACGAAGCCCAUCUGGACCCGCAACCCUGAUGAUAUCUCACAUGAGGAAUAUGGCGAAUUUUACAAAUCUCUCACCAAUGAUUGGGAGGAUCAUUUGGCCGUGAAGCACUUCUCUGUUGAAGGUCAACUGGAAUUCCGUGCUUUACUCUUCAUCCCCCGCCGUACACCAUUUGAUUUGUUCGAGAAUCAGAAGAAACGCAAUAACAUAAAAUUGUACGUACGUCGUGUCUUCAUUAUGGACAACUGUGAAGAGCUCAUUCCCGAGUACUUGAACUUCAUCAAGGGUGUGGUCGACUCUGAAGAUUUGCCACUGAAUAUUUCUCGUGAAAUGCUUCAACAAAACAAAGUAUUGAAAGUGAUUCGCAAAAAUUUGGUAAAGAAGACCAUGGAAUUAAUUGAAGAAAUUACUGAAGACAAGGAAUUGUACAAGAAGUUCUAUGAGCAGUUCUCCAAGAAUCUGAAAUUGGGUGUGCAUGAAGAUAGUAAUAAUCGUGCCAAGCUUGCAGACUUCCUGCGUUAUCAGACAUCAGCGUCUGGUGAUGAUGCCGCCUCGUUGGCCGAUUACGUAUCACGUAUGAAGGAGAACCAGAAACACAUUUAUUUCAUCACUGGUGAAUCCAAGGAACAAGUGAGCAACUCAGCUUUCGUCGAACGUGUUAAGGCUCGUGGUUUUGAAGUAAUUUACAUGACUGAACCGAUUGACGAAUAUGUCAUCCAACACUUGAAGGAAUACAAGGGCAAACAGUUGACAUCCGUUACAAAGGAGGGCUUGGAGCUACCUGAAGAUGAAGCCGAGAAGAAAAAGCGCGAGGAAGAUAAGGCGAAGUUCGAAAGUCUUUGCAAACUGAUGAAGUCAAUUUUGGACAACAAAAUUGAAAAGGUGGUCGUGUCUAACCGUUUGGUUGAGUCGCCUUGUUGCAUUGUCACAUCUCAGUUUGGUUGGUCCGCAAACAUGGAACGUAUCAUGAAGGCACAAGCGUUGCGUGACACCUCAACUAUGGGCUACAUGGCAGGCAAGAAACAUUUGGAAAUCAAUCCUGAACAUCCAAUCAUCGAAACCUUACGUCAAAAGGCUGAUGCUGACAAGAACGAUAAAGCCGUCAAAGAUUUGGUUAUCUUACUAUUCGAGACUGCUCUGUUGUCGUCCGGGUUCUCACUCGAUAGCCCACAAGUGCACGCUUCCCGUAUUUACCGUAUGAUCAAACUUGGUCUUGGUAUCGAUGAAGAAGAACCUAUGGCAACUGAGGAUACUCAGAGCGGUGGUGAUGCUCCCCCACUGGUUGAUGAUACCGAAGACGCUUCACAUAUGGAAGAAGUCGAUUAAAUGCAGUAUUGACAUUAAUUCAACCGUUCGAGACUUUAAUACAAUUUGCUAGCUUUUUUUUAUUUGAUAAGUUCUACAUAAUUUUGAAUUCGCCUUGGCGAAUAUAUCUCAAAUCGUCGACAUUGCGUCGACUACUAUUUUUUGGUUGAAUUUGUAGGGAUCGAAACAAGUUCUCAUUUGUUGUCGCGUUUUAAGCGGCUAUUAUACAUCCCACUGGAUUUCGAAAAUGAAAUUUGUAUGGAGUGCGUGGAAAUUACAUAUGUAGAAAUGAAUGUUCAAAUCGGCUUAAUUGUAUGUUAGAGAUUCUAUGGUACUACUAAGUAAUUUAAAAAAUAAACCAAAUGUUUAUCAAACUGAA